GCGGCUUGUGUCUGCCUCUGGGCUCUCGACCACUCUCGCGCCGCUUUUGACUUUUGCCUGUGAAAAGCCCUGUGAAUGGUGGAUACCCGAUACCCAAUACCCGAUACCAGAUACCAUAACCGCCCAGUAGGUACUUGGCGUGAUUCACAGUUAAGCCGUAUAAUCGUUGUACUCGUGAGCGCAUUGAUCAAUUCAACUUCGUCGGGUCGCCGAGGUUGAGGUUUCGAUGUUGACGGUUUUCGUCGCCGCUGCCUGAUAUGGUUCAGACGCACAUCCGACCAGUCGUCAGUUGGCUUAAAAGCGUGCGAGGUGGAGCAUCGCGAAAACGGAACAACCGAUCGUCCGCCUUAGUUGCCAAAUGACCGAUUAGCCGACUACAAAUUCGACUUCAAUUCCGAUCCGACGGGCUAAGAAGGCGGGACCCGCGCUGAUUGACCAACUCGGUUUUUAAACCAUUUACAGAACCGAUCUCAUUACUAGCAUCACAGGAUCCACAAACAUAAGUGACAACAAAAUGGCAAUCAUACUGCAAGAAGCCCAGGAGUGGUAUCGGGACCUAAUGGACAAUAAGAGCGAUCCCCGCGUUAACGACUUCUUUCUGCUAUCCUCGCCACUGCCCACACUUUGCAUGUGCAUAUUCUAUGCCUACUUCAGUAAAUCCCUGGGACCCAGGCUGAUGGCCAAACGAAAACCGAUGGAACUGCGAACGGUUUUAGUUGUAUAUAACGCGAUACAAACAAUAUUUAGUGCGUGGAUCUUCUAUGAGUACUUAAUGAGCGGAUGGUGGGGCCACUACAGCUUCAAGUGUCAGCCAGUUGACUAUAGCACCACUGGCUUGGCCAUGCGGAUGGUCAACAUUUGUUGGUGGUACUACAUAUCCAAGUUCACCGAGUUCUUCGAUACACUCUUCUUCAUUCUGCGAAAAAAGAACGAGCACGUCUCCACACUCCACGUCAUCCAUCACGGCUGCAUGCCUUUCUCCGUCUGGAUGGGUCUCAAGUUUGCACCAGGCGGUCAUAGCACCUUCUUUGCCCUUCUCAACUCGUUCGUGCACAUUGUAAUGUAUUUCUACUACAUGAUCGCCGCCAUGGGUCCGAAGUACCAGAAGUAUAUAUGGUGGAAGAAGUACCUGACCACCUUCCAAAUGGUUCAAUUCGUGGCUAUUUUCACCCACCAGUUCCAGCUUCUGUUCCGCGAAUGCGAUUAUCCCAAGGGCUUCAUGGUCUGGAUCGGUUUGCAUGGCGUUAUGUUUCUGUUCCUGUUCUCCGACUUUUACAAAGCGAAAUAUCUCAACGCAGCUCGACGUCGCCGGCAGGCGGUCAAGGCCAACGGCUAUGCUAACGCCUUGCCUUCGAAUGGACACAGCAAGCAUCUCGGAGAGGGUGACGCCCUGGUUGCAAACGGCAGUAAUACUGGGGCUUGCAUGCCGGUGAUGGAGGAUGAGUACGUAAAAAGCAACGGGCAAUCUAAUGGUGUCUACAAGGACGGCUUUUUCAAGGAGGGUGUGUUAUCCAACAACGAUGCCAUCUUUAACCCGGACAGCAGUAGUUCUAGUCUGCAUCAGCGCAAAGUCAAAUAACUGCUGAUAAUGUGUACUACGAUGAUAUUCAUUAUGUUUAUGUUAAGUGAUUAGCGUGUAACUGAACCAGAUUGAAGAACAAAACAAACAAAAAACUUGGCAGAAGUAGCUGAAGAAGAUUGAGACGAAGGCAAAGCAAAAUUAUGAGAGCUCGGUUUAUGGAUUGAUUUUGAUAAUUUAUAUUUUAAAUACGUAGAAUACAUCAAAUCUGUUAUAUCAAAAGUCAUUCAGAUGAGCCGAAUCUUACGAAUCAAACACCACCUAUGCCGACCCCCGCGAACCGUCAACUAAAGCUAAGUAGAAGAGAAGCGGAAGCACAAACCAACUGAGAGAUAAUCAAACCAUUUUGAACCACUAUGAACGUCCCGUUGAAACGUAAAUCCGAUGCGCAGAGGAAAGUUAUUUUUUGAAGAAUAUUUAUAGAGCCAUAAAGCCUGCUUAAAUCACCUGGAUAUUCCAAUUACCAAUAUUAGUGUAGCUUACUGCAUAGAAACACCUACAAAGACGUACAUACUCACAUUUUUUAUGAACAUUUUUGAUAACGAAUUGAGAUGUUGCGACCUUAUGAUAUAUGAAAGCUAUACAUGACCUAAACUCAAAUAACCUGUUAUACUAUUGUAGCUUACUAUGUACAUGGAGAGAACAAACUGCGUUAAAAUUCUUUGUAAAACUUAUUUAUACAUUGUAGCUAGCUAGCCAAUUGCAAAAUGCAACACGACCCAGACCUCCCCUUCGCCUUUCUAGGCAAUAUGACUAUUAAACGGACCACCGGAUUGAAGAACACAGAAUAGUCAGACAAAAAAGGGUGACACAGAACAUAGAGAUAACGCAUUUAUACUGUAAGUGUAAAAGGUCUUGAGGGGGAGACAAUCAGUUUAUUCGGUGGUUUUCAACUAUUCACAUUUCAUUAAACCUCUUUUUGGUGUGGCUCGUAUAUAUUACUUUAUAACUACCUAUUCUAUAUCCGCUUGUUCCCAUUUUUGGUUUAAAGUUAAACGGGUUAAUUUCAGAAGAGUGAGAAGUAUUGGUGACAAAUUAUUUGUAAGUGUAAUUCUGCUUGUUUACCCAUGCGAAUGGUUUCAUUUUUAGGUUAUCUUGCUAAAGCUGACAAGUUCAAAAACUAUAGUAAACCGAAAUAAAGCUUUUUAAUUUAUAUUUAAA